AUGACGUUUGCAAAAGAUCCAACCUUUACGAUGCAAUUAUCACCACCAAUUGAAUGGACAUAUCAUGAAGAAGAAACAGAAACAUAUGAUGAACCUACGGCAGAACAAGAAAGUAUUAAGAAAGUAUGCAAACAUUGUGGAAAAUUGAACGAUGAUUCUAUUGACGAUGUAUUUGAUUAAUUUUCUUAUCAUUUUUGAGUAAAAUAUUCA